UAGAAGAGCAAGCGACGUGUACCUGCUAUAAAUUGCUGUAGCGACCAAAACAGAUUUUGUAUACUUUGUACAUUAGAACAUUUGUCAGUCGCUAUUGAAGACAACGCUGAUUUGGACGUCAGCCACCGAAGUGAAUUUAAUUAUUUCUUGAGAUUUUUUUUAAGUAAAAGUUAAUUUAAAAUGCCUGCAAACAAGCCUUAUGAGCGCCCAAAGGACUUCAUCGAUCCUGGCUUGCCUUCAAAAUGCACAUGGCAUUUGGGCACAAAAGAGAAGACACCACACACUAAACGCCCCAUAGCUCAUCGUCAAAAACUGACACCCGAUAUCUUGGAGGUUAUUGGCUGCACACCAUUGGUAAAGUUGAAUCAUAUACCCCAAGCGGAGGGCAUCAAAUGCGAGAUGUAUGCCAAAUGUGAGUUCCUCAAUCCCGGCGGCUCAGUAAAGGAUCGCAUUGGUUACCGCAUGGUGCAAGAUGCCGAGGAAAAGGGCCUACUGAAACCUGGUUGCACGAUAAUUGAACCCACAUCAGGCAACACUGGUAUCGGUAUUGCUAUGGCCUCCGCCGUGAAGGGCUAUAAAUGCAUUAUCAUAAUGCCGGAGAAGAUGUCCAAUGAGAAAGUGUCGGCUCUGCGUGCUUUGGGUGCCACAAUUAUACGCACACCCACCGAAGCGCCCUACGAUAGCCCCGAAGGUUUGAUUUGUGUAGCGCAGCGUUUGCAAAAGGAAUUGCCAAACGCCAUAGUGCUGGAUCAGUAUCGCAAUUCAGGCAAUCCACUCGCUCACUACGACGGCACUGCUGCCGAAAUUCUAUGGCAGACAGAUAACAAAGUCGAUGUGGUGGUCGUGUGUGCUGGCACUUGCGGCACAGUCUCCGGCAUUGGUCGCAAAAUAAAGGAGGAACUACCGAGCUGCAAAGUAAUUGCUGUGGAUCCAUACGGUUCGGCAUUGGCACGUCCCGAAGCCCUGAAUAAGACAAAUGUCAGUUUCUAUGAAGUGGAGGGUAUUGGUUAUGAUUUUACACCAACAGUAAAUGACUACAAUGUGAUAGACUCCUGGGUGAAAGUGGAUGACAAACAAAGUUUCCCCAUUGCAAAGCGUUUGAAUGCCGAAGAGGCUUUACUAUGCGGUGGCUCAAGUGGCGCUGCAAUGUAUGCCGCACUGCAAGUGGCCAAGGAGCUGAAGGAGGGUCAACGUUGUGUGGUCAUCUUGCCUGAUGGCAUAAGAAAUUAUAUGACGAAAUUCGUUUCGGACAAUUGGAUGGAGGCGCGUGAUUUUAAACCAGUCGUAAAUGAACACAAUCACUGGUGGUGGGAUACACCGGUGAGUGCGUUGAACUUAAAAGCGCCAGUGGUGCUCAAAUCGGAUGUAAGCUUUGCGAAAGCCAUUGAGGCACUCAAGGAGCACAAUGUGGAACAAGUGGCGCUCGUGGACGCCGAAGAUGGCACACUUUUGGGCGCUUUACUGCAGGAAACCCUAAUCAAUCAAAUCGUGAGCAUGAAUCGCAAAACUGACGAACCUGCCGUCAAGGCAGUCAACAAACGCAUGAUACGUUUACCCUCAAAUGCUAUUUUGGGUAAAUUAGCGCGCAUUUUAGAAUUGGAUCCCUGUGUCUUAAUUGUGGAUGUUGAAGACGAAAAGGAGGUCAUUAAAGGAAUUGCUAGUAAACUGGAUGUGCUCGCCUUCAUCGCAAAUGGAGCUCCACAAACAAAUGGCAGCAAUGGUCAAUAGUGACAUAAGGCACUAUUCUUUUAAUGAAAAUUUUAUAUAUUCCGUGUGCACAUUGUUGAUCAUCCGUUGAGGUUUACGUAAUGCAAUUGUAACGUACUUACGAUAUAUUUAAGUUUACAAUUUUAAAACCAUGGCUAAGCAACUACGCUUACAUCACUACAAGGAAUCAGUAAUCUCAAAAAAUUUAACAUAUUUUAAGAUAUGUAGUUUUAAGUUGACACAAUGAUAAAUUCAAUCACUAUAUACAAUUAUUCAUAUGCAAUUUGAAAGGUUUUUAAUAAAAUAAUAAUUAAUAAACAAACAUUUUUAACCUUAA